GUUGGCUCGCACAGCGUGGCGGCUGGGCAGCAGGUGUUCCUCAGCCAUGGCCUCCAAGCGCAAAGCCCCCACCAAGAGGCAGCCUGUGGGCAGAGGCAAGAAAGCCAAGGAAGGAGAGGGGGACGACGCCUGGCACUCCACGCUGGCGGCCCUGAAGACUGCACCCCAGGACAAGCCCCCGGCCACAGUCGAUGGGCUGUGUCCCCUGAGCAGGGUGCCGGGAGCCCAGGUCUACGAGGACUACGACUGCACCCUGAACCAGACCAACAUCGGCGCCAACAAUAACAAGUUCUACAUCAUCCAGCUUAUCGAGCACGGCGGUGCCUACAGCACCUGGAACCGCUGGGGCCGCGUGGGGGAGGUGGGCCAGUCCAAGCUCGUGCCCUUCACUGCCCUGGAGGCCGCCAAGAAGGACUUCGAGAAGAAGUUUCAGGAGAAGACCAAGAACAGCUGGGCGGCGCGGGAGACCUUUGUGGCGCAGCCCGGGAAGUACACGCUCAUCGAGGUGCAGCCAGGGGCUGGCCGGGAGGUGGAGGUCUCCCUCAAGGUGGACGAUGUGGAUGGGGGCAAGGUCUCCAAGCGGCGGGUCCUGCCUUGCACCUUGGACAAAGCCACACAGGACCUGGUCUCCCUCAUCUUCAGCAAUGACAUGUUCCGAGAUGCCAUGCAGACCAUGAACAUCGAUGUGAAGAAGAUGCCCCUGGGGAAGCUGACCAAGCAGCAGAUCGCGAAGGGCUUUGAGGCACUGGAGGAGCUGGAGGCAGCGCUGAGGGAGCAGCCUGCCAGGGCUGCCCACCUGGAGCAGCUCUCCUCCCGCUUCUACACCAUCAUCCCCCACAACUUCGGGCGGGCACGGCCACCCCCCAUCAAUUCCCAUGACCUGCUGCGUGCCAAGAAGGACAUGCUAUUGGUGCUGGCUGACAUUGAAGUGGCACAGAGCCUGCAGGCUCAGAAGGUGAAAGGGGAAGAGGAAGAGGAGGAAGAGGUGCCCCAUCCAUUGGAUCAGGAUUAUGCCCUGCUCUGCUGCCAGCUCUCCCUGCUGGACCCGGCCUCCCCAGAGUACAAGCUGAUCGAAAACUACGUGACGCAGACAGGGAACAAACUCCAGAUCCUCAACAUCUGGGAGGUGGACCGAGAGGGCGAGGAUGAGCUCUUCAAGGCCCACGACCACCUGGGCCACCGGCGCCUGCUGUGGCACGGCACCAACGUGGCGGUAAUCGCGGCCAUCCUGAGGAGGGGGCUGCGGAUCAUGCCCCACUCGGGCGGGCGGGUGGGCAAGGGCAUCUACUUCGCCUCGGAGAACAGCAAGUCAGCUGGCUAUGUGGGCUGCACGUCCCAGCGGGUCGGCAUCAUGUUGCUGAACGAGGUGGCCCUGGGCAAGCUGUACCGCAUCACGGAGGAUGACCCCACGCUGCGUCAGCCACCAGCCGGCUACGACAGUGUCCUGGCCUGCGGCAAGACAGAGCCAGACCCAGCGCAGGAUAAGGAGGUGCUGCUGGAUGGCAGGAAGGUGCUGGUGUGCCAGGGCAAGCCCAUCCCCAUGUCCACCUACAAGGACUCCUCCUUCAGCCAGAGCGAGUACCUCAUUUACCAGGAAAGCCAGUGCCGCAUCCGCUACCUCGUCCAGCUCCGCUUCUGAGGGUGCCUGGGCACCUCGUGGCCUGAUCCUGAUGGCAGCCGGUGGCUAGACCCUGGUUACCCAGAGCACAGGGAUCUGUUCUUUGCCAUCACCCCACUCGGGGCCUGACAUGGGACAGCCAGCUGUGGGGUCCGAGGUUCCCAGCCUGCUUUAACCAAAAAUAAAAAUGCUGUGCCUCAGA